AUGGGAGACCCUACACAUCCAGACCAACUAGCGGAGAAGGAAGGUGACUGCCAUGCUACGCACCAAGAACACGGGGAUGGCGUCAAGGAGGGCGUCAAGGUUGAGACUGUUCACGGCUCACUGGCUCUCGACUUAGCCAGGCGGAGCGAUCCCCCGAAACCGUGGAGCGUGCAGAUGAGAAAGUUAUAUUUAUUCUUGAUUGUGGCAUAUCUUUGCUCGGCAUUGAAUGGAUUCGAUGGCUCGCUUAUGGGUGCUCUACUUCCUAUAGAGCAGUUCCGUGAAACCUUCGGCUCUGGCUUAGUCGGUUCCAAGGCCGCGUUGAUUCAGGGAAUGUAUACCAUUGGAGGUGUCUCCGCGCUGCCAUUUGUCGGAAUCAUCCUAGAUACUUGGGGUCGACGGUGUGGCAUGUUUACUGGAUGCUGCGCUGUCAUUCUGGGUACAAUUGUUGGUGGCACUGCCAACCACAUGGAUCAAUUGCUUGCCAGUCGAUUUUUCCUUGGUUGGGGAUACUCCCUGGCAGGCUCCGCCGCACCUGCCUAUGUCGUCGAGAUGAGUCACCCUGCAUACCGUGAUAUUCUGACUGGCUUUUACAAUUGCCAGUAUUUUAUCGGAGCUAUUGCUGCUGCUGGCGCUUGUCGUGGAUGUCUGAGAUUUGAAAGUUCUCUUGCAUGGCGCAUCCCCAUUUGGUGCCAGCUGAUUUCAUCCGGCAUUAUAGUGUUGUCUGUUUGGUUCAUUCCCGAGUCACCUCGCUGGCUCUAUAGCCAUGGCCGCAGCGAGGAAGCCUGGGAUAUUAUUGCCAAGUACCACGGCGAGGGUUUCCGGGAUAAUGCCUAUGUUCAACUACAGAUCCGAGACUAUGAAGAGGCAAUCAACAUGGAAGGUUCCGAUAAGAACGCAUGGGACUUUAGGUCUCUUGUUAGAACAAAGGCCGCGAGGUGGAGACUCAUGUGUGUGGCUAUUGCAUCUUUUAUGAGCCAAUGGGCACAGGCUGGCGUUACAACCUACUAUAUUGGUGGGCUUUUAGCCACAGCUGGUAUUACUGAUACGGAGCGUGUGCUGGACGUCAACCUUGGCAUCACGGUAGUUUCUGCAGGUCUAGCAUAUCUGGGAAGUUAUUUGGGCCCAAAAAUCCGCCGCAGACCUAUGAUGAUUGGCGUGUCUAUUGCUUGCGCGAUCGGCCUUGCGAGUUUUGCAGCCACAACCGGGGUGUACUCGGAAACAUUGAACACAGACGCGGCCACUGCUUCUAUUGUGUUUGUCUUCUUGAUCGCCGCUUUUUACAGCUUUGGAUGGACUCCUUUGCAAGCCAUGUACGCUGUUGAAUGUCUUGCAUACGAGACUCGCGCCAAGGGAAUGGCAAUGUACUCUCUCUUCACUAAUAUCGCCUUGCUGGUAAAUCAGUUCGGAGUUGGAAAUGCUAUCGAGGCUAUUGGCUGGCACACAUAUAUCAUUCUGGCUGGCUGGAACAUUGUUCAGGGAGUAUUCAUCUACUUCUUCGCUGUUGAAACGAGUAACCGGACACUCGAAGAACUCACGGAGAUCUUUGAUGCACCCAAUCCUCGAAAGAAGAGUACGGAAAGAAGACAGGUGUUGGUUGAUGAAACUGAGAACAAGGUCGUGCAAGUUAAGAGUGCAUAG